AUGGAAUACAAGUCUGCAUUUGAGCUGCGGCAGCAGGCUCUGGGGUUUUCAAGUCCUUUGACCUCAAAGAUAAGGGCGGGAAAAAAGAACUCCUCAGGCCUCCUCUCAAGCUCAUCGUUUGUUGUUGACGCGAGCAACAAUGCGGCAGUGGCGGACGCUGAACAGGAGGAUCCCACCGCACUUGUCCGGGAGUUGCCGGCGCUGGACAAGCUCAAUGCUCUCAGCGCAUCCAUGAAAAAUGAGGAGGAGGUGCAGAACUAUGUGGAGGCGAGAAAUCUUUCUCUGGAGGACACCGCAAGGUACAUCAUGGCCCAUGGGAGUACGGGUCAGAAGAUGUCCUUGUUUCAGCGUCUGAAGGAAACCCUCGCCGGUGUAGACAUGUCCAGCAUCUCACAGCUAUUGAUGAUUGUGGUGGACAGUAUGUGGGUACAGGAACCGGAAUUGCAGUGCUUUGCACCGGGCGCCUUGCUGGAGGUACUACCUCUGCUGAACAAUGGUGUGGCACGUGAGCUAUUUCUGGUGACAAGCACAAUGCUAAGCGUCAAAACGGCGGAAGUUCGAAUAGCAUGGAAUAAACUGUUUCCAGCCUUCAUCGAUUAUCUGAACAUUAAACAACUUGACAACGACGUGGUGCCGCUUGCACUUAAAAAGACCGAGUAUGCUGAGCCACAGGAUCAGCGCGAGCUUAGUUGUGAACUCAUUGGAGGCGUUUGCCGCCACCUUCCGCGCGACAUUGUAGAACAAAAGCUGAUGCACAAGGUUUUGGCACUGUGCCAGGACACCAACGUGGGAGUGAGGCGAAGCAUGUGUCAACAGUUAGGCAUCGUGGCACGCGCCCUGGGUGCUGAGAUGGCCAAGCAAAAGGUGGCGCAAGAGCUUUUUGAGCUUCUCAACGAUGAGGACCAGACCGUCUCUCGGGCAGCAUUUUCUUGUUUAGUUGACUUGGUGGAGUUUUUUGGGCCCGCGUACCGCCGCGAGCACCUCUACCCCAUCAUCAAGAGCUUUAUCUCGCAUCCCCCGGAGGAGGUUGUCAGCCUCAUUGUUGGCGAGUUUGGCCGAUUUCUUUGGGAGAUAAAGGCGGAUAUUCAGACAAGCGAGGACGUCACUUUGUUUGCCGGGUUUUACCAGAACGCCGCCUUGAAGGGUGAUGAUUCGACUCGGUAUCGCUGUGCGUACAACCUGCCCUCGGUCACUGCGUCGCUGUCUAUUUCCGUGUUUCCUGUUUACCUGGCUCCAUGUUGUGAGGCUCUCGCCACCGACCAGAGUGAGUCCGUGCGACGGAGCAUAGCCGCCGGUUUGCAUGAAUUAGUUCCUCUUCUUGGUGACAAGGCAGCCCUGUAUCUUCGAAAGCCGUUUUUGAGGCUUUUGAGUGAUCCGAAAAAGAGUGUUCUUAAUGCCCUCUCAGCCCACUCACAGAUUUUGUUGGAGUGCUUUGUGCAUCAGCUUAAUCCGGCUGACCGCAAUGAGUUUUUUUCCAGUACCGAAGAUAUACUACUACAGCUUGUUGCACGCGCCGAGCGGGACUGGCGUAUUAUGGACCAUGUGCUGAAAAUGCUCUCCGUGUUCCACGGUGAAUUUCAGGAGACGACGUUGUAUGAAAAAAUGUUACCCCUAGUUCUAAAAUAUGGGAGAAAUGGGGCAUUUUGCCUGAAGGAUAGAAGUGCAGAGGUAUGUAUUAAGAUUGUGGCGAGCCUUUCCAACGUCAAUAGCAAAGUUCAGUUUUUUAGUAAGUUAAACAACGAAUACGCCCAUAGCUCUUCAUGCAUUCUACGCAAAGAUUAUUUGCGUUUUGUGCGUGCCGCAUGCUCUUUGUUCUCGCGCCGCUUUAUUCGUGAGAGGAUGCUUGAGUGCUGCUUUGAGCUCCAGCAUGAUCAAAUGGAUAUGGUACGGCUGGAACUUGCACGUUUACUGCCUUCCUUGCGUAAGGUGCUAGAGGUCUUGCCUAGCGGAAGUGUGCUUGACGAGUACCAAGACAUGGUGUAUCGGCUACAGAUGGAUGAAAGUGCUGACGUGCGAGCGGUGACACAUACGGGAUUAGAAAUAAUGGAGCUUCGUGACCGAGAACUAAAGCGCGGCGGGGGAAAAAUUAAAUUUGAGGAGGAAAAUAGGGAGGAUAGACGACGCGAGCAGGUGGAGGGGCAACUGCUCGAUGUGGCGAAGGAGUACGAUAAGGCAGAACGCCGCUCCAAGCUGCGUGACUUGCUAAAAACAGAGCGCGAGAAGGAACAGGCGGAGGCGGUGCGCAACUGCGGCGUGGGACGGCGGCCUGUAAAAAAUACAGCGCUCAAUACAGCGCCCACCCACCCCGGGCGCCCAAUGCCCAAGAUGCAGCUACCAAGCCUUGGAGGUGCCGCAUACCAUAGGAGAGCGCAGCGAUAA